CGUCUGGGCUACUCAAUCUGUUAUCACUAUCACUCCACAAUUAUUACGUGCAAAGUUUUCUGGUGGGCUUGGCUAGUCACGUGACCUCACAGUAUCUUUACUUCUCUUCAGAAGUCUUGUCAACGUACGGCUGUGUAUUCCCCAGCUUCCAAACAUUCCACCUGAGUCAUGGCAUACCACUCCAACAAAAUUCAUGCCCCAGAACUGAUCUACCUGCCUGGUGGGCUGAAGGUCGGCACUCAAAUUAUAGUCCGAGGAAAAGUUCCUUAUGGAUCAUCAGGAUUCUCUCUUAACCUCAAGUAUGGUGAUGAUUCUGAGAGUGAUAUAGCCUUCCACUUUAACCCUCGCACCACGCAGAACGAGGUGAUCCGGAACUCGUUUGCCGGUGACUGGCAGGAUGAGGAGAAACACCAGCCUGACUUCCCAUUCUGGGAGGGCCGCACUUUCCAGCUGAGGAUCUACGUCACCCCAGAUGAAUACAAGGUGAUGGUCAACGGUCAGGAUUUCAUAGACUACAAUCACCGGAUGCCAUUUGAGCAAGUCCGAUUCUUAGAGCUAAAUGAGGAGGCGGAGUACCAUGAUGUGACCAUUCAAAACAGCAUGGGUACACCAUAUUAUGGGGAAUUCAGAAGUGGUCUCCAAGUGGGAAAUGCUAUUCGUGUUAGAGGGGCAACAAAUAUGGAUGCCAAUAAUUUUGGUAUAUACUUCAACUGUGACUGUGAUGGUGAAACAACAGGAUUUGUGUUUAACCCCCGACAGUCUGAGGAGGAAGUUGUCCGCAAUGCGAAGUUUGGAGACUGGGGAGAUGAAGAGAGGUCUCAGCCAGACUUUCCUUUUACACCAGGAGAUUUCUUUGACAUCCUCUUCAUUGCCACAGAGGGACGUUUCAAUGUGUAUGUGAACGAGAAGUUCUUCACAUCGUUUGACUACCGGUGUGAUGUUGAGGAUAUGAAAUACCUCGCAAUAACUGGCGAUGUCACCUUGGCAGAUGUACAGUUCUUUGAACCACUACCUGAUGACUUUAAAAAGAAGAUUCCUUCUGGUUUGGAGAAAGGAGAUAUGAUCAUAGUAAAAGGAUUCUUUUUUCCUGAAGGUAACAGAUUUCAGGUGAACCUGAUAAAUGGUGAUUCCCUUGAAGACGAUGUUGCGUUUGUGAUAAACCCGCGACGUGACCAGGGCGAGGUGGUGAUGAAUAACCGUGUGGACGGCGAGUGGCAGGCGGAGGAGCGGGAGGAACUUCCAGGUGCAUUUCAGGAGAUGUUGCCAUUCGAACUAAAGAUCGUCACCAAGAAAAGCAAGUUCAAGAUAUAUGUGAAUGGGAAGAAGUUUUCCAGCUUUCAUUCACGAUCUAGUGUGGAGGACAUCAAAACCAUCAAUGUGUCUGGUGAGGCCUACAUCUACCGGGUCAAACUACAGAGAGUGCUGGAGAAGCCUUACGUGGAACGUAUACCAGGUGGUCUUCAAGUCGGUGGCUGGAUCAUUGUCCAGGGAACAGCCAAGAAGCAUGCAGAGAGUUUUGCCAUUAACCUCCAGUGUGGAAACAGCAAGGAAUAUGGUGACUCUGACAUUGCGUUUCACUUCAACCCUCGGUUUAAUGGAGAAGACUCAGUGAGGAAUACAUUCCAAGAUGGAGGAUGGGGAGACGAGGAGAGGGAUCAACCGAACUUCCCAUUUGAAGCAAAAGACACGUUUGAAGUUGCAAUCAACUGUCAAGCAGAUGAAUUGAAGUUGUAUGUGAAUGGAAAACAUUACAUCAACUAUGCUCACCGAAUAGAUUUCAACAGAAUCUGUCAUAUUCUUUUGAAUGGGGACGCAGAUUUCUUUGAACCAGAAUUCAUCUGAGAGAAAUGCCACAAUUCCAUGAACUUCCAGUCCUGUGUUCUAGUGAUUACAUCAAUUAAAUGACUCUUCUGUGAUAAUUAAUCAGUACUUUUUUCCUAAAAUCAAAAUACUGACUUUUAACAUUGCCGACUACUUCAAAAACAUUGCGACUGUGUGGAAGUUUGUCAUUAAGCUGUGCAUGUCUUACAUUUGUUAUAUUAUGCUGUUAAUAAUCUGUGAUAGUUAAUAUUAUGAGGUCUCUGCAAAUAAUGGAAAGGCAUUAGCUCAAGUGUGUUCAGAUGUGCAUAAUUGUUGACAAGUGUAAAAUAAAACACAUAACCAAAAUAUAA